UUCUUCCAAUCACCAAAACCCAAAUCUCGAUUCUGGGUUCUGGUUUCUUCACUCAAUGAAAUGAAGCUAGAAACAGAAACACGAACACGAACAUGAACCAAUGAUGCUGAUUAUGUGUUUGAUACAACAAAGUUAGCAGUGGUUCCUGUUCUUCAAUUUGCGACAAAGGUUACAGUAAUGGCGUGGAGAAAUGGGUGUGAGGAAGUGGCCCAAUCGAAGCCUCUGUUCCUCACGAUCUACACCGUUGUCAUAAUUGGAAUCGUUGUUUCCUUCUUCUAUGUCUUCUCUGCAAUUUACUCUUCCAACAACUUGCUCUCUUCACCUUCCACUGUCUCUUCUUCCUUCUCUCAUGAUAAUCAGCCUCCUAGGGAUCAAACACUCAACAUUUCCCAGCCAGAAGUGAUUCAUAAUGUGCCCCCACCUUCUCUGACAGUCUCUAUGGGAUGUUCCUCCAUUCGACAAAAAGAUGCUCGCUUUGGAGACUUUCCGACUGACCAAAGAGCUGGUUCAGCAAAGGGUGAAAGAUAAUGUUGUAAUAAUGACCUUUGGUAACUAUGCAUUCAUGGAUUUUAUUUUGACUUGGGUGAAACAAUUGACAGAUAUGGAAGUCACUAAUUUUCUUGUUGGUGAGCCAUUCAAGCCUUAUUUUGCUUUCUCAUGCUCCUUGCUUAGAUGUGCAGUGAUGCCUUGCGAGAAAUGCAUUUCUGGUAUUUACACCAUCAAUUGAUCUUUGUAAAAUGUGUUUGAUAUCUCCAGUUUUUGACAUGGGCAGCCAUAUGAGCAGAGUGGAUGUCGGCUGGGGGUCUCCAACAUUUCAUAAAAUGGGAAGAGAAAAAGUUAUUCUAAUAGAUGCCAUACCGACAUGGUUUGGAUGAAGAUGAUCUUCAUUUUUACUUGGUCAUUCCGUUUUGAAUAAUAUUUUAAUUCCAAAAGAAGUAAAAUUUGUAUUGACUAGAAUCUUUUCCUUUCAUCUACUUUGUAUGCAAUGACAGAGGUUUCAUUCAGUUUAUUUUCCAGGUUGCUAUAGCAUUUAUUCAGUCCCUCAUUCUGAUGAAAAUGAUAUGUUGGUGAGCCUACAACAUAGGAAUUUUCCAUUGGAGACCCUCAGAGUCGUCAAAAAAGCUGGCAAAGUAAUGGAAAGAAAUGCUGCUAGCUGAUGACAAGAUAUGGGAUCAGAAUGGCUUUAAUGAUUUCGUACGCAAAAGCCUAGGACCAUCGGUUGGUGCAUUUGAUGGAAAUCUGAAGCUGGGAAUUUUGCCUGCAAGUAUUUUCUGUAGUGGCCAUACAUAUACAGACAUACGCCCUUCAUGUACUGCAGGCUAUGUAUCAGCAGCAACAUUUCAAUAUGGAGGCACUGAAACCAUGCUUUUCCAUGAUCCACCAGAAUACUAUAAUCCUCCAGGUACUCAGUUGACGACGAGGUAGGAGCAUCCAGCAGCGUUUGGAGAACAAGAUGUCUUCCAUUAGUUGAUCCGCCUGGGGUGGGCUACCGGUAGCUUCUCGGGUCGGGUUGGAUAACCUAACCCAUGACCCCAAAAAAAAGAGCUGACAUGUGAAGCAGAUUCGGAUAAGGAAGAGACUAUAGCUUAUCAAAUAAUGAAGAAAUACCCCACCCCGUUUCUCUCACACUCUGGAACAGUGGAACCUGACCCAAAACCCAGCCAGCCACCAUCACCGUCCCUCAUCGCCGAACUUUUCUCCUCCGGUACAGGGUACUGUCGCCGCCGGUGGGGACAAAGCGUGGGUGCCGACGCACUCUUCUCUUCGCCACCGCACGAAGGACGCGUGCUCUCUCUCUGUGUCCGAGGCCAGCAUCCCUCUUCGUGCCGUCUGUUGCUCUCUGUCCGAGGUCACUUCCCCUCCUCCGUUGCCAUCACUUCCCAUUCCUCUGCCGCCGCCACUGACCUCGCUUCCCUUCUUCUCCGCGGCGGCCUACUCUCUUUUCUGCUUAACAGCUGCCUCCUCUUCUCCCCUCUGCCGCCUCCUCUCCACCGUUGAAGUUGAAGCUGAAGCAUGGAGGGUCUGCGGCAAAUAUGGUGUCAACAGCACCGGUCUCUUUCUCAGCUUCUUUUCCUCCGAUCAAUUUCUUCCAAGAUUUUUGUCAAAGGUUUAGCAUUUUCUACCACAAAAGAGAAAUUAGCUGAAGCCUUUUCAGAAUAUGACAAUGUCCUAAAUGCUGAUAUAGUACUGAACAAAGCCAAGAACAGAUCUAAGGGUUUUGGAUAUGUGACCUUUGCUAAGGAGGAAGAAGCCCGCAAGGCACAAAUGGCUAUGAAUGGAAAGAUAUUGCAUGGACGUGUUCUGUACGUGGAUAUGGAACCAAAUAAGAAACCAGAAAAAUCAUCUUUUGACAAGGCAACUACUGAUGGUUGAUUUGAUCCUCAGUGAUGCUUUGCAUAACCACUAAUUAUUCUGACUCACAAGGGGGAACUUGAUACAUUCCAAGCCUAAGAUUAAAUUGUGAAUUUAGUAGAAUUCUCUUUAGAGUUAGCAACUGGCUUGAACAUAAUGUAUCAGAAUGGGACCUUAAACAUGAGAAGAAGGAGCUGCAUCUCCUCUCAGUGUUUUGCAUAUAACAAUGUUGUUUUGUUCACAUUGUAUAAGUUCUCUCUAUUUUGAUCCACCAAUGAUGUUAAGCGUGGUAGUGGUCACAUUCACACCUAGUAACGGGUCCCUGGUUGCUAAUCAUGCUUGUUGAGAAGCAAAUUUUUAUGUAAACACCUUUGCAAAGCAUGGCAUGCUCGUAAAGGAUGAGAUCUCAAUAAAUCUCUGUUUAUUUUCCUA